AUGAUAAAAUAUAUUAUCAAAUUAGGAGGUGAUUUCUCAGUUUAUGAAAGCUCAGCUGCAACCGUUACUCAGAAGGAGAAUUUUUUGUUAAAAAUCUUCGAUCGAACGAAACAUUCAGUUCAAAAAUUGCGACACUAUCGUUUUGCAAUAUUGGGUUGGAUUGCUAGGCUUUUAGAAAGUGAUGAAUUUAAAACAAAGUUAGUAGCUGUUGGUGAUAACUCAUAUAACAGACUUCUUGAAACUGCUAAAGUUCUUCUGUUUUGUUCCGUUGAACUUGACGAUUUCAUCACUGUGGAGGCAUCAGAUGCUGAGAAAGGUAAUGCACAAGGAAGUUCAGACCAGCAGAACGCAAAUAAUUGCAAAUAUUGGAUUGCCGUUUCAUCACGUGCAGAUAUCGUCAUUGAAAAGUUUCAAAAUUUGCUGCCGAGUAAUGUUUGUGGGCAUAUUGUCGCGGAUGUUUUGGAGCAAACUGCAACCAUGCCAAAAUUAAGGGAUCGAGCGUUACAGUUUCUGAACGCUAAACUGCUACAAGAUGGUUCAUAUAUACGUACGGUGAAAGUGGAUCACUUGAAUAGCUUGAUUACAAAAUUUAACUCUUGGUUAAAACCAAUUGAAGAAGGAUUUGAUGUUGAUCUUUGCCAGAAAGCAGCUCAUACAUUGAAACUGGUGGCACGUAAUAUGACACCUUCAGCAGGUUUCAUGUUGUUAUCUGAAACACUAGAAUUAACUGUGGAAUUGCUCACUAAUCGUGAUAUGCACGAUGAAGCGGUGAUAGGUAGCUUACUUUUAUUAGCUGGUGAAUUAAUGCGCUUUCAACGCGUAAAAAAUUCCAUUCUAUAUGCAAAUGCUCUGACGACAGUCUGUACUGAAAUUCUUUUUGCUGUACUUGAAACACAAAAUGUGAUUGGAACUAGUAGUCAACAGCAGGCUAAUCUGUCAAAAGAUGGUAUUUUAUCCGCGCGAAGACGUCGCAUCCAACACUCAAUGAGUGGACGCUAUGUUUCAAGCACUGACGCACUAUUAAUUUGUUCACUGGUCUGUUUACAGCGGAUUUUAGAAAAUUUCGCUCAAUUUAUUUUCAAGCAUUUAUCACCCAUUCUUAUCAUUAUUUCACGGUUAUGUUGCAUCUGUGAUUACAUACCCUUAACGGAUUGUCCCACUCAGCCAUAUCAACCGGCGAAUAAAUUUUCAGCUGUUCAACAACGAAUUUCCUACAUAUGUCGCUCAUUGUCGAAAAUGGAGCUAAGAGUUGUUUUAGAUGCUUUUGAUGAAGCCUGCAAUACUUUGAUAGUUGAACCGGCAACUGUGGGUAUACUUUUCAAGAUAUUUUCGUUGCUUAAUGAUAUUAAAAAUAGAGAAAUAUUGCUAAAAUUCGUCGGUCAUGUGUGCGAUAUAUAUUUCCAUGGCCUUGAUAUACGCCCAAAUAAUGCGAAAUUAGGAAAAAGUGAUGCCAUCGAUAGUGCUGAACUAAUGAUUAUCGAUAGCUUUUUGGAGAUUAUUGAUAAUUUGUCUGAAAAUGAAUUCCGGACGGUGACCAAAUCCAUCCAUACGCGUUUACAGGAUGCCCUAUCACCUAACGCCAAAAUAGAAAUGCGUUAUCGUUCGAUCACGACAUUUAGAUUUUUAAAUCGCUUCUAUGAAUCGUAUAAGAAUUUAUCAUUACCACAUUUUGGCCGAUUUUUUGGUUUCUUGCCGGACAUCUUUUCGCGAUGCAAUUCUUAUACAACAGAUUCUCAGUCACUGAUAUUCUACGAUGGCGAAGAUUCAGCUAACAUUGCUGCUAUUUCAGUUGAUUAUUUGUUGACCGUUGUCAUUGAUUUUAUAACGAAUUGUGCUCGUCAUCCAGCAUUUUUCACUUCAGAACGUGCAAACAUCGUGCUAGAUUUAUUGGUGAAUGAAUUAGAAAAUAAAGAUAUACCGGGUCAUGAGCUUCGUUGCGUACCACAUCUAGCUGAAUGCUUCUAUAAUAUUAUCGAUUGCCAAAAUGAAGUUCUUAUGGAUGUAAUUAAUAAAAUCAUGUUGAAAACGCGGAGUCGAAGUUCGAAGAUUCGUUAUCGUACGUUAUUAGUUUUGGAAUGGUUAUUCGAGCAUAUGGGUGAUGCAGUUGCACCAACGUUACCAUCAGUGCUACCAUUCCUAAGUGAACUUCUUGAAGAUGACAAUCGAAAAGUUGAAAUGCAAUGUGAUGCAGUAAUUGGCGUUUUGCGAAAGAAUUUUGGCGAAGAAAUCACGGAGGGAUACGCUUAA